AGUAGUUUGAUAUAUCUGGUGAAGAAGUAAACAAUCAAAGUGUGAACAGAAGUCUUCCUUGUUUAUUUAUUUGCUAAAACGAAAGUAGACAGAAGAAAGGAAUUUGAAAUGUGUGGGGAUCGAUAAUGAGACGUUGACUAUGGGACUGGCUCGAAAGUUAGCACCGGUCACCAAAACCGGAGAUUCCAUCUCUAAUGUGGAUUUUCAAUGGAGUACCCAAUCUUAUACCUUGAAGGAAAUUAUCUCAAAAUUUAAACUGCCUUGUGUUGUUCAGUGUUCAGCCGAUUCCUGUUCAGUUUUAUGGGCGAAAUUUAAAUUUGAUUUGAAACAACCACUGUUGCUGUACGCAGUUCGAACUGUGAGUAAAAUAUAUGCCCGUACACUGAAAGCCAAUAAAAGUGGUUCACCAGAAUUUGUGGAGUUUGGACCACCCCUAGUGAUCCCAGAGGAUUAUGAAGGAUGGUUUGGAAUAGCAAGUCAAGAAGCACCAACGUUAAUCAGACACACCAGAGUAGAGGAAGUAGCCGAAUGCGAGAGUGAUUUCUUUCUCGUUGCCACUAAAGUUCCUGUGUUUUAUCUCAACGGUGGAGAAAGUACUGGCGUUUACAGCCAACAUUAUGUGAACCCUGGCCAAGUUCUUCGAAAGGAUGGAUUUCUAAACGGACCUUUAGAUGCGUCUAGUCAAGCUAAUUUUGCGGCUAAGGACAAACAUCACCUUCGCUGUGUAGAUAACAAGGAAGAAGAAUUCGUGAUUCCUUUUUCUCAUCGUGGAUUAUUCUACGAAGUGAGUCAGACGAUAGAUGAGAAAUCCUCGGGUGUGUUCAACACUGCUCAAAUUAUGGAUACUGGUGGAUCAAAUUUUCCGCUCUCAUUACGUCAUAUUCAAGGGGAUCUUCCCGCAUUGAAUUACAGCUUCACCGGCAAUAUACAAUGCAAUCACAUAUUUUCAGAGCAAACUAUUCUCGGAUGCUCUAUAGGACUCGGUUCCAAUGUAAUUACUCCCCUUGAGAUGGAAUGCAAAUCCAAAAUAAAGUUCGCUAUCGCUUUGAACGAAGUUGACCUAAAAGCGACAAAAGAGUACCAGCGUGCAUUUGACUUCUGUACAAAUCAAAGUGAGCAAUAUGCUAAAGCAAUCAAAGUUUCUUUCACUCUUCGCCCCGAAACUUCACUGGAAGAGCUCGAUUUCUCCUUAUACGAUACCGGAAGUGACGUUGAGGAUGUUGACGCCCAAUCAGAAUUCGAUAUAGAUUGGGGUCCGGACUCAUGUGAUUCAAAAGAAGCUUUGGAAACACUGAUCAAACUAAAGAGAGACAAUACCACUCAUUUAGUAGCACAAGAUGUUGUUAAUGAUUCACAAGAAAUACCGAACAUACCCGUGGAUAUGGGAACAUCUUAUGAACUUGAAAACGGAACUGAACAGACAGUGUACAAGAAAGCUGCAGAAUAUACUGUUAGUUUAGAGAGUCAGGGUUCGGAUCUAGCGGAUGUCACUGUCGACUCUUCACUAUUCGAUGAUAGCUACAUGGACAUUCCAGACGCCAUUCAAGAUGAUGAGGAGAAAUCCGGGGAUAAUACGACUAGUUUUGAUGCCUCUGUUGAUGACACCUUAGAUUCCUCUGAAAAUUCUGAAAAUUCAAAUGGUGUUGAAACUGCAGAACCGAACAGAUCGUUCGCAACAGAAUCAAAACAUGUCAUCUCAAAGACGGAUUCCGAUAUCCUAAGGUUGAAAGAAAUGGAGUAUGUGGGAAACUUAUCCAAGACUCUUCCGGGUCGUCUUAUAAAAGAGGAGGCUACUCGGACCAGCAGUGGGGUUGAUGAAAAAAACUCGGUCAAGAAAUUAGAUGAAGAUUGGGGACCAGCAAUUACUCCUCCGGUUACAAACUCACAAACGAUUCCAAUUGGACAUGUAGAGACAUUGGCAGUUGGUGUCAUAUCUCUAGAUAUCGCUGGUGAGACAGCUGAUGACUGCGAUAGUGAGAUUCUGGGAGAGCAUGUUGAGAUCGUUGACUUGGGUUCGGACCUCGUUUCAGAUCAUUCUGAUGAGGAUGAACGUUGUGUUGUUGAUUCGGAUAAAGACGUAACUGGACGUUUAACAUCAUAUCGUUCAUUGAAUUCAUUAGACAAGAUUGGACCAGAAGGAGAAAUCGACUCUUCGGAGUUUGAAGUUCCACGAUUAGACGUUAACAACAAUUCUGAUAUGGAAAGUGAAAUAACCGUCAAUGAUGACGACACAUCAUUGGCCGAAUCAGAAGGUUUUCCGAAUGAUUUGAAUUCAACUGUUUCCGAAUCAGGGUUUGUUCUCUCUAAUGGGAUAAAUAUAGAAGACGAUGAAGCGGAUUCAGACGAGUUUCUGGAAGAAGUGAGAUCGGAAUUGGAUCUAGAUUGGGAUAAAAGUGAUGAUAGUCACGAAACAGUUAUAAGACAGAAACCAGUUUUGAAGCGAUUACCCCCACAGGUCAAACCCCUUCGAUCUAAAAAUAGCAUUAUGAACAUGUCGCUGGAAGAGGCUGCAGUGUAAGAUCUGUGGCGAUCAACAAGCGACAAGCUACAUUCUCCAUUUUAUAUAGAUAGAGACCAAACUUUCAUCAGUGCUCUAAACAGACCAUUAAAGUGGUGAUUCUCGAGAGUCAUGAACACUUUCUUUUGCUAUUGUGCAAUAAACAGGUUGAUAUCCAUAACAUCCACAUCGCGCGUGUGUUCAUAACAGAAUUUAUUAAGAAGAUAUUGGAUUUUGAGUGGAAUCAAGGAUUCUAGGGUCAUUCGUUUGGUGAAGACUUGCUGAAAAUGCAAUUGUUCAAAUCAAUAGUGUAUUUGUACACUAUUAUAAGUAUUAUAUAUGUGCGUCAAUAUGAUAUAAUACAGCAAAAUUUGAGAUUUUAAUAUACUGAUAUUUUUAUUUGACUAAUAAAAACAAUUUUUUUUU